GCAGCCCUGUGAUGCAGUGGGAAGACUUCAGAUGAUACAUUGCUAGAAACGUCAGGUUAAUCGUAGGCUUAACAUACUCUCAAAACAAUCCAAAAAUGGACCACUCCGCAAAAGAACAGGAGGCUAUGGCUUUGGUGGCAGAAGCAGAUAAGAAAAUGAAGUCACCAGGGACGUUUUUGGGGACGUUAUUUGGGAGCUCUUCAAAGGCCGAAGAUGCCUGUGAUACGUAUGUAAGAGCAGCAAAUAUGUUCAAAAUGGCCAAAAAUUGGAAUGCGGCAGGCAAUGCUUUCAGCAAAGCUGCCCGACUGUACUUGCGAGUGGACAACAAAUUAAAUGCCGCUGUGAGUUUUAUUGACGCAGGAAAUGCCUUUAAAAAAUCGGACCCUGAAGAGGCAGUGAAAUGUCUUGGUCAGGCGAUUGAGAUCUACACUGAUAUGGGGCGUUUCACAAUUGCAGCUAAACAUCAUAUUACCACUGCUGAAAUAUAUGAAAAUGAGCUUCUGGACGUUGAGAAGGCUGUCGCCCAAUAUGAACAAGCAGCGGACUAUUACAAAAUGGAAGAGUCUACCAGUGCUGGCAAUAAAUGUCUCAUGAAAGUGGCUACGUAUGCAGCCCAACUGGAGCAGUACCAAAGAGCUAUUGAAAUCUAUGAGCAGAUUGGCACCUAUGCAAUGGAUAGCACUUUGCUCAAGUAUGGUGCGAAAGAUUACUUCUUCAAAGCAGCACUAUGUCACUUUUGUGUAGACAUGCUGAAUGCAAAGUUGGCCAUUCAGAGGUAUGAGGAAAUGUUUCCAGCUUUCUCCGACGCAAGAGAGUGUAAACUUGUCAAGAAACUCCUGAUUGCGCAUGAAGAAGAGAGUGUUGAUGCUUACACUGAUGCUAUAAAGGAAUUUGACUCGAUCACCAGGCUGGAUCAAUGGCAGACCACAAUGUUACUCAGAAUCAAGAAGACUAUCCAGGAUGAUGAGAGUGACCUGCGCUAACGCUCUUUUUGCGUUGCCUGGUGACCCCACACCCCAUCCUACUCCCUUUUCGUAUCUUUGUCUUAAUGUUUACACCUUUCAAUGGGAACUGCACUCACCGUUUUCAAAUGUGGCAUGUAUAGUAUAGGUAAUGUCUCCAAAGAACAGUAGCAUACAGUAUGUUUUUUCCACACAGAGCGGAGCCAAGUGCUGCUUAUAUGAAUCCUUUAUGCUUGUUAAAGACACAGUAUUGGUUCUGCAAGGGAACAAGCUGGUUUCUUAAUUUUAUUUAUUUUAUUUUAUUUGUUUUAACCCAUACUUUUCCUGGUAAGUUACUGACCAUUUAGAGGUGUACACCCACUGUUUAUGCUUCUGUGACACCUGGGUGGUUACAUCGGAAAUGGCAAAUUGUUAUUGCCCCAUAUAAUGUCGUCUACUUUUCUGUAUAAUUGAGUGCAGCUCAGUGGACUAAUUCCAGUAAUCAGGAACACCUACAACAUGAAACUCAUGGCGUUGUAAUGCUUAUCUAGAUCUAGAAAAACAUGGCAAACCAUGCUUUCAUGUAAGCUGGGGUUUGUUCACUUUAUUUUGCCUGACAGUGUUUCGCCAUAUUGCCACAUACUGUAGCUGCAAUGUUAGCAUCAGUAAAACUCACCAACUGUAAUAGAGUGAAAAUACGUUUUAAUUGGAGCGGUUGCUAACUCAAUUAACAUUUUUCGUACAAGAGAAAGGCUAGAAACAGUAGUAAAUUACCUUUUCAACGAGGCAUGGGAUGAAUAAUUCCAAACUUAUCCGUAAUUCCUGUCUUUGCAAGCUACCCCUAAGCAUCUUCACAGACUCCUUUUUUGUGAUCAGGAAUUAUUUAGUAUACAAGAGCACGUACUGCAUCCUAAAUACCCUACAUCCACUUAGUAUGACCUGUUCUGCAUGACGUCUUUCCACUUUUUUAUCAUUACUACAUAGGCAGAGUUAUAAAAGUCAGGCUUCAAAGAGCAAAAGUCCUGCCAUGUAUUGGUUUCCACCUGUGCACUUAGCACAGGUGAUUUCACAAAUUAGCUGAUCUACCUGGCUGAAGAUUACAGUAGUGGUAAUUCCAUUCAGCUGGUUUUGUGAACAGUUAGAAAAAAUACACGGUAGGACUUUUACUUGCUGAAGCCAGACUUUUACACCUCUUUACAAAAGCCUACAUCCAUUUAAUAUGAUCUGUUCUGCAUGAUAUCUUUCCAACUACAUAGCAUUCUUUGCCAUUACUACAUAGGUCAACCCAAAUUGAAGCUGAGUGUCGAGUCCUCUGUUUAAACUAUACACAUUUAAUUUUUAUGUAGGCUUCAUAUGGAAAGAUACUAAUUAUGUCCUCUAUUGAGGAACUUGGCCAUAGCUUAACAUUAUUAAGCUUUCACAAUCUAAAAAACCCACCAUCUAUAAUGUCAUGGACCUCACUCAAUUAUAUUUUAUUUAUUUAUUAUGAAUUUCAUUCUGCAAGGUCCAGGAGAACUUGCAAAAUUGUAAUGUAUUUACUGUGAGUGUACUACCAAGCACUACCAAGGAAUUAAAACCAUACUUUUUUUUUCACGUACAUCUAUUACUGAUAACAUUGCAGGUAUUUAAUUAACUGUGAACUAGUUACAAUGAAUAAAUAAACCUCAUGAAUUUUAAACCAUUCCAACCAUUUAAGGAAAAGUUUCCUGUAUUCCCAUCUUUUUCUAUUUACAUUUAUUUAAGUGCUAUGGCAAAAUACAUGAUUAAGCAAGUACUUGCUAUUGCUGAGGCUGAAAAGCAAUGUAAAUUGUAAUGAUAAUAAUAAUAAAAACAUUAUGUAAAUUAGAUUAAAUUUAGAUUAAAUUUAGCAGUGACCUUUUAGUCUGUGACCAACAUGUGAUAGCAUUUCAACUGCUCUCAGCAAUUCUCAUGUAUGUAUCUUAAUGAAUUCUUUGACAACAACUAAAUAAAAAACAAAAUACUGUCAAA